UCUAUGGAAACUCUAUGGCCGCCGCCAUCCUUGUCCGUGCGUAGCCAACGCUUGGUGCAAAGCGUCGAAGCCGAAGCCACCGAAGGUCGAAGUCCUAGAUGGCGCUUGAUUGUUAAACGCGCUAAACGCGUCAUUUUUUUAUUUCUUCUGAAUAUCUAUGCUACAAACGAAGUAAGUUUUUUAAGCGGUCGUUGACGCCCCAGAAUGAGCACACACACUCGCUUCGUGUUGUAUUUGCUGUAUUUCGGUAGGAAUUAGGGGUGUUUAGUUUGCGAAGUGCCGUCCCCGGCGUUUUUUUUUUUUUUCGACGAGGACUUUAGCUGUAGAAAACAAUAUGGCCGCACCAAAUAAACAGUUUUUUGUUUACGACCGCCGAAAAAGCAAUACACCGGAGUCUGUGAUUGCCGUGGGGCCGAAGGAUGACUACCUGGAUCUAAGGACACGGGUCAUGAAGCACUAUGGAAUCGUCUCCGCGGAGUCGUUCGUUAUCUGCACAACAAACAGGGAAGAGAUUAACAAGGCCACUUACGAAAAACUUGAAGGAGGUGAAACCCUGUAUGUGCUCAAGAACAUUGACCAGGAGCUCACAGGCCAGACAUUUCAGAAGGUGGAGUACCUGCCGCACUAUGACACAAUCAUAAAAUCGGGCAUGUACGAGUACUAUGCUUCUGAGGGCCAUAAUCCACUACCAUAUGCAUUUGCAGAGCUCAUUGACAAUUCCUUGGCAGCUACCAAGAAUAAUGCUGGCAGCCGGAAAAUUGAGCUGAAACUGUACCUGGAUGACAGCUCGCAACAGGAGAAGAGCACCAUCCUUGUGUUGGACAAUGGUUGUGGCAUGACCUCCUGGCAGCUUAACAACUGGGCCAUCUACCGACUGUCCAAAUUCAUUCGCAAGGACAAGGCACUGCAGCUUUCAGAAGACAGUAGCUCUAAAGAUGGGACUCAGCACAAGCCUCGGUUUCUCAACAGUGAGAUCUCCUACUUUGGUGCUGGGGGCAAGCAGGCUAUUUUCUUCAUCGGCAACUCAACCAGAAUGAUUACCAAACCACGGGGUUCAAAGGAUGUGCAUGAGCUGGUCAUCUCUAAGGAUGAGUUUGAGCGGCGAGAAAAAGAAAAAGGCCUCAUCUACUCGGGCAACAUACUGAACAGAAAGCCUGGGGAUGCCAGCCAUGUGAGUGCAGAGGAGGAGGGCCUGCAGGAAGUCAUUGCAGAUGAAGUGAACAAGGAUCAGUUUACCUGUGUGGUCAUCUGGGGCAUCUCAAGCGAGCAUGUCCAGUUCCUCAAGCACAACUUCAACACCUGGUGCUCUCAGCUGGCGCAUAUCUAUCACUACUACUUGCAUGGUCCAAGUGGAAAUGUUGCCCCUGAUGAGGCUAGCGGCCGUGCACCAUCUCCAUACCGGCACAUCGACAUUGAGGUGAGCUUGAUCAUGAAGAGUGGGCAGCACAAGGUGGCCAACCUACGAGACAUUGAUACGGAUUCUGAGACACUGCUAAUCCGCAGCACCUCAGACCGGUUUGACUUCAAAGCAACUGUGGAUGGCACACGAGUGGUAGAAGGACAGCUGCGCUACCACCCAUUUCUCUAUGACCAUGAGAGCUAUCCAUCGGAGCACAAUGACCAUAGAGACGGUGAUGACGAGGAUGAACUGAUGACCAACAGCAUCAAGCCAGCCCGAGGUCAGCGACCUAUCUUUGAAUGCUUCUGGAAUGGGCGACUCAUUCCUUAUACCACCAUUGAGGAGUUCGACUGGUGCAGCCCUCCCAAGAAAGCAAGAAACAUUCCCCUUGAAUGCUUCAACAGGAUCUCGGGUGUUCUCUGGACAGACGACGCAUUCCAAGUGAGCACUAACAAGCUUACUUUCAUGGACCUGGAAAACAAGUUGCGGGAAAAGAACACCAUAUUUGCUCGGGUUGUUAAUGGCCAGGCGGUGCGUGCCAGCAUUGAGAAGCACUUCCUGGAAUGGCUCCAGUCGUGCCAUGAGCACAGUGACAAGCAGAUCAUGUUCGAGUCAUUCCAGGAGACAAUCAGCCGGAGGGACACCCAGAAAUAUAAGCAGUACCCCUGGGCUGUGUUCAACACCAUUGAAUGGGAUGGCAAGCGCUUCAAGAAAGGACAGCUGAUUCGGACACAACGAACAAAUCCAAUUAUUAUUGGCUCCAUCCGGAGGUUCCUGUUGUAUGGCGACUACACUGAAAGCGUCUGUGCAACAGGAGGGGAAGUGGAGAUUCAGCAGGAACCAAGAUCACUGUAUGAUGAGGUGAAGAUCUUCCCGUUAGCGAAGCUGGAUCGCAAGGUCACAGAUUCCAUGCUGCAGAAGAUAAUUGACGAGGAAGAAGGCAGGUUGCCUUCAAAGCUGUAUGUGACGUGGCCUGAAGGAGAUCAGCUUUACCCAAACGAGAAGCGGCCAGCUGGAAAGGCGAUAGGUGACAUCAAGGUAGAAAUUCAGAACAAGAAAGGGGAGAAUGUCAGCAAGCUGCCUGGAGCUCAAAACAAGCGCCUCUCUGUCGAGAUGAAAAUCGUCUGGCACUCUGCAUCGGGUGACAAAGUGGUUGCACAGUACGUCUCUCCCCACAACAAGAACUGGGGCUACUGGUUUCGGAGAAUGGAGAAUAUCCAGAAUUUGGGUGCCCACACACUUACCCUUCAAGCCAUGUUGAGUGACUCUACCACAGCAAUGACGUCUGGCAAAGAGCUGCCGUCGUUCAAGAUUCGUUUCACAGUGAUCGAGGCUGCGCCAGACAAGUUCAACGUAGGUUACCUGGAGGGGCCAUUUCGUGUUGGCACACCUUUCCAGAUUCCUCUAGACUUUCUUGACAAAUAUGGGAACUCAACCAAGCCAUCUUCGGACCUUAAACCGGAGCUCAAGGCCAAUGGCCUGGAAUUGUCCUAUGACGGUGUCCAAGCCAAAGGCAACUCUCUGAUUAUCAAGGGAAUUGUGGCUAGGGGGAUUGUGGAGUCAAACUCUGGAAAGAGCUUCAACUUGACUGUGAAAAUUCCUGGCCUUGACGAGAACACACAGACCCUCAAGAUCCGUUUACUGCCUGGGCCAGCACAUGAACUGCAAGUUCUGCCUGAAGUUGAAGACCAACUGUCAUUUGAAAAUGGUUCUGCACCAGCUUUUGACCUAGCUGUGCUUGAUAUGGCAGGAAACUACACCUGCGAACCCAAGUUUGUCGUAAUUUGCAAGUUUCAUGCACCUCGUCAGACUGGCCUGCCAACCUACACCGUGGACCUAUCGAACAGCUGUAAGGGCACCAUCACUGGCCCUCCUCUUAUGCUGCGCCAGGUGCAAAAGGAAGAGAAGGUCACUGCCAAGUUUGAAGUUCAGAACAAUAAGAACAUCGCGCAUGUGGAGCGAGGGCUGACGCUGCUUCCAAGCCAUCAGGCAGCUGCACUGUACCUGUCUUGCACUGGAGAAGAUGGAGAUGAAAUUGAACUUGAGAAUGGCCGAGAUCUUCCGUGGGUGGCCGGGGAGACAAUUACAGGCCUUAGGUUUGAGGUGCGUGAUGAGAUAGGCAAGCCUAUAACACUGACAGGCAGUCUCGUCUCCAAGCUCAAGCUGAACUGGGCAUCCGACGUCCCAAAGGACCAAGUCCUGGCGGGGCGGCUACCAGACAUCAUCUGCCCGUCAUCCGUGAAGCAAUCCCUUUUUUGUCACAUGUCCAUCAACUCUGGUCGUGCUGUGGACUUUGCCUUUAACGUGAAGCCAAAGAAUGGUGAGCCUGCCAUCCUGAAGGUGUCAUGUAAAGGGACAACCGAUGUACGCAUUGGCGAAGUCCACCAGUCUGACAUCCUCAUCAGUCUCACUGACAAGUACCAGAACUCAAUCAGAAAGUUGCAUGUGAAGGACCUUGCCGAGCUUCUCAUCAUAGCUGAUGGCAUAGACUAUGGGGAUGUAGUGAAGUCUUUAGACCAGAAUUGUGGCUUUCAUGUGAAAGGCCUGAAGUUUAUGGACAGCAGCCUUGGUUGCAAAGAAGUUUGCUUCCAGUGGCGAGGGCUCAAAGACUACCUGCGGCUCAACCUGGUACCUGGGCCUCCAGCCAGCCUUGCUUACACAAACUACAACCCUGCGGAGCCCGUGACAGUGACGCCGGAUGGGAAGAUCCCCAAGCCGCUGGUGGUGCAGCUGCAGGAUGCCAGGGGCAAUCCUUCCUCGGAGGCCAACAUUAAGAUCAUCCUGGGCACAGAUGAGGCUAUCAAGGCAAUACCUCCUCAGCAGCCAGUGAAGACGGACUCCAAGGGGAAGGCUUCCUUCGGCAUCCUCACACUCGCCCUGAAGACCCCGGUCACUCCUAAGCCAUGUGAGUUUAACAUCUGCUCGACCAACUGCCGAGGCCUCUUCACGCUGGGCACAAAGGCAACCAUUGGCCGGACGAUCAUCAAUGGCCCCGUUCUGAAGCUGCACUUGACCUGUGACCCAGAGAAGCCAGUAGAGCUGAUAGCGGACUACAAAGGAAAAAAGACCUACACUGUGGCCGAGGAGUUGCCAGAGACAACUGUGCACGUGGUCGCAGAAGAUGGCAAUGUAAUGUGCUCUGUGCUUGGUAAACAACUGAGCAUGAAAUUGACUCGUAUAGACUGUGCCCCAAAGAACCACCAAAAGGUAUUUACAGUAGCUCCAGCUGAAAGCACAUCAUCCAAUGGCUUUUACCACUUCAGGAAAGUGAGGGUGCCAGAGAAGUCUGGAGAAUAUAACAUGCAGUUCCACUUCAACAAUGGCAAGCAUGCCAUCAGCAGUACGAUUGUUUCUCUUACAGUCGUGCCGGAUAGUCCUGUGAAGCUGGCACCCCAACAAGACCCCAUUAUACCUUCUGUGUCAAACCAAUCCAAGUCCUCCUGUCGGAACCUGCUCAAGUACCUCAAAUUGGAUCUAACUGACCGAUUUGGCAACAACACAGCCAUGAACAUGACAGGCGUGCUGACGCUGCAGGUGAUCUCUCCUGACGCAUCUGUGAAAGAAGUCCCAUACUUUGAAGGAAAUGUGAACCAGUACCAAGUGCCUAUCAGCAAAGGAUGUGCAGUGGUGCAAAACUUGCAGAUCCAAGAGAACACUGAGGGAGUGGAUGGCUUCCAGUACAUUCUGCGAUUUACACCCAAGCUGCACAACAAGAUGGCCCUUCCCAAUUAUGAAGUGCCAUUCCUUUUCUACAAUGAUGCAUCAAAGCAAGAAGAGAUGGUGAAAUUGACCAAAAAGAGGACAGAGCUGCUGAAGCAGCUGCAGACUUUUGAGGACCUGUUCCAGACAACUGAGAACAUCUACAUUGAACUUGAAGCUGUAAUACGUGAUGCCCAGGCAGAAGAAUCAAAAUACAGAGGCGAACUAAGGAGGAUAGGUUUCAACAGCAAUUUUAUCAAGGAGGAGCAGCAUGUCGGCCCUGCACUAAAGAUCUGCGAGCAGCAGAAGCAAGCAUUGGACAAUAAGAACAGGCGUGCUUACCUGCCUUCACCCUACCCUGAUGAGCCUGGUGUACUUGGAAAGAUUGGCCACCUUGCUUGGGUGGAAGAGGAUGAUGUGUCUGCUGUCCUGUCCUGGCACAUGAGAGGGGACAUCGAUGUUGUUGUCACUGAGACCAUGGACAAGGCAAAGGACAUAUAUCGCAAAACUAAUGGAAAGCAACAGGUCAUCGCUCUGGACUCAAUCUUUAAGAGGAAUACAGCAAAGGCCCUGCCGCACCUGAGGAACAAGUCGUUCACUCCAACAGGAAAUCCCAAGUUUGCAUUAGAUUACUUCAUAUUUCGUAAAGACCCUGAAGUCUGUCGAACAGUGUUUGCCAACUUCAUUGGGGAGACCAUUGUUUUAGACACCUUGGAUGACGCCACUAAGUAUAGGACAGAGGUGACGAAGUUCAGUGCCUGCCCAACCUUGCUGGCCAAGACGGGUGAGCGCAUUGCCAGCACGGGUAAGUUCGGUGGUCACCAGAACCGAGCACCCCCCCUUGCCCAGCUGCAAGGCAGUGUGUUUGGUGAGCCCCCCAUGAAAGACCUUGACCGAGUUCAGGACCAAAUCCACGCAAGACCCAACGUGCAAGUCGUCCGGUUGGGUCCUUCAAAGAGGAGAGCCAGCAGAGAGCGUGAUGAUCGGUUACGACGCAGAAGCUCCGACCCAAAAGAGCUUCUGAAGAAGCUUAGCGUGGCCAUGAAGAAACAGCGAGAUGCCCGAACAGAACUGGAGAAGCAAAAACAGAAGGACACCACCUUUGUGAUGAAGAAAAAGGACUAUGAGCAACUCAAGAAGGAGCUGGCAGGGGUUGACGAGGCUGUUGCGCGCCUCCAGUCUUCAGGUCAGGACGAUGACCGACUAGCUGUGCCUGUGCAAGACCUGGUGAGAAAUUCACCCAGGCGCCAGUCCCUCCCAGCUGCGUCAAUCAACAGGUACCCCCCAGCUUCACCAAAAACACCCAACGAUGGCAGUGUGAAUGGCGUUUCUCGAAGAGGACGUGCACCUCCUCCCACACCUGCCACUGCACCUGUGGAGAGGAAACGCAGGAGGAUCACGUGAUGCACUUUGGGCUCACAUCAUCAUUCCAUGCGCUGUGACUUAGCCUGCUGUAGGAUACCUCAGAUCACUUGGGCGUCAUUUGUAUUCACACUGAACAGGCUCCCUUCCGGGCCUAUUUUAUUUUUCUCUGCAUUUUUCUUAUUGCUUUAUAUGCAAUGCAUUGCAGACUCAUUUUCUACCUGCUACAACUGUUUGCACUGUCAUCAUUAGUUAUUGCUGCCCACUACUGUUCUCUUUUAAUGUUGCCAACAGAUGUGUUGGUUCCCCUCGUGUUUGUUCACAGUGAAAAAAAAUUUUGAUGUUAAGUUUAGUUGAGAAUGGAAAUAUAUGAGGCAAGAAAGGUGUAGUAUGUGUACAUAUAUAUAGAGAGUACAAAGACGCCCGUGUCUAGUUGAAAGCUAUUUGUUCCUUGUGGCGGGGAAAAAAGCCUUGUUUUUUUUGUCAGUCACUUCCGGCUUUUUCGUCAGUAUCAUGUUUCUCUAGAGACCAUGUAGGACUUUUUACAUUUUCUUGGGAUUCAGAGCUGGUGUUGACAUAACUGGCCCAUGGAUAGAGUGAGUCACUGUUUUGUCAAGUGCAGGCUGUCAUCACUAGCAGUUACACGUGUAUGUAUCCCACUGCUGGCCCAAGUUCCACGCAACAAGUUCAUGUUUCUGAAUUCUCUUGCUCACAUUUUUUUUUUCCACCUUAUCAUUUCUUGCAUUGCGUUGUGUUUGUUCCUUAUACCUUUCAUUUCUUUCCUUUUCUCUAUUUUGAUAGCACAUUAUCAUUGGCACAGAAAUCUGUAUCAUGCUCUGUGUAUCAGACAUUUUCAACCUGUGCUAGCCUGUCAAACAUGCUGACAGCGCAGACUUCAGCCCCUUGAUGUUCAGUGCGACUGCAAAUAAUUGUUUCAUCCGUCACAUUUCCCUACUUGAUCAUACACAGUUCUUUGUGUACUUUUGCUUGUUUUUACAUUCUUGUGCCGUUCUGCUACGCAUUUCAAGAUUAGGAUUUCGAAGGAGCACUCUUAAGUUGAUGAACUGCUGUGCUUUGGUGAGAUGUUAGCUAGAACAUUGUCGGAUGCGUAACAUGCAGAAAUUAAAAAAUUGUUCUGCUCCACAUCGAAAGUCUUCAGGAAAUAGAUAUAAGUACUGUGCAAGCACAUUGAACCAAAAGAAAUAACAAAUUUGUGUUUUUGUAGAUCCAGUAAAUGUUUCUUAAGAGCUUGUAUUAUUACAUUAAUUUGAAUAAUGAACUCCUGAGGCAAAAUGUAUCUGUGGCAGUGUCACUAUAGCAUGCUCUUGGGUGUGUUUUGCCAAAUAUAAUGAAUUGAUUUUACUAGCGUAAGUAAAGUUUUUAAAACAGAUGGAUGUCAUGAUUCACUGUAAAUCUGUGGGCAAGCAGUUAGCUGAAGUGUUCAGUCUUGAACAAUUGUACAUAAGUCAUGUCAUUCUUAUAAAUUUGUUUGAAACAUUUUAUCUCAAUCUAGUUGCAAAAUUUUCAGGAAAGUUGCCUUGGUGGAAGUGUUUAUUGUUGCGUGGUGAGUUGAUCCCAGCCACGUAAUGCUGUUAACCCACCUGUGUCUGCUACCUGGGAGGUGUCCUGUUACACUGCUGGUUGUACCACACUUUAUUUCACUGCAAAGUCGUUUGCUAUGACACAGUCAUUUCAUGUUGAGGCCAUUCAUCUCCUACAGCCUACCUAUGUUUUAUGAUGACAAAGCUGGAGGCACCUUUUGCUUUUCUGACAAUAAAAUGCUAAUUCAGAAGCCUAA